AUGACUCCCCCAGCGACCAGGAAACCAACCUUCGUCCUCGUCCCCGGCGCCUCUCAAAACCCCGCACACUACGCCUACCUCCUGCACCUCCUCCAAUCAGCCGGCUACGGCGCCUCAACUGGCCUCCUCCCCAGCAUCGGCGCAACGGGCCCCGUAACCGCCUCCGACGACGCAGACUACGUCCGCAACAGGCUCCUCCUGCCCUUACUCGACGUCGGGAACCAGGAUGUUAUCUUGAUCAGUCAUUCGUAUAGUGGAAUGCCGGCUAGUGCUGCAGCGCGUGGGCUGGGGCCCGCUGAGCGCAAGGCGGCUGGGAAGAGCACGGCUGUCCUCGGGCAGAUUUUCAUCGCGACAAUUUUGAUACCUGGCGGGGAUGGGUUGAGUGUUAUUGAUGGGUUUGGGGGGCAGUUGCCGCCGCAUAUGUAUAUGGAUAAAGAAAACAACCUCCUAAAAUGCGACGACCCGCUUCCCCCACUCUUCCACGACGUCCCGCAACCGCUCGCCUCCGCCGCCGUGCAAACAGCCCUCAGCCAAGGUCUAACCUCCUUCUCGAGCCCGUGUCCGCCGGCAAGCUGGAACACGGACGACUUCAAGGGUCGGAUCGCAUACAUCCACACGCGCGACGAUCGCGCUGUCCCUUACGAGGCGCAGGUCGCUAUGGUGCAGGCGACGGGCGCCGAGUGGAUUAGGCGCGAGGUCGACUGUGGGCAUAGUGCCCAGUUGGCUAAGCCUGAGGAGUUGAGGGAUGUUAUUUUGGGGGUGGCGGGGUUGUGGGUGUGA